AUGGAUGACGAUAAUAAGCUUCUGCAUUUACGUGAAAAUUCUCUUCCUAAUCUUCCAGAUGAAAUAAAGGUUUUAAUCGAAAACGGAAAAAACUCGUCAAAAAUUUUGUGCGAAAGAUGCAAAUGCAUCAUUCUGAGGCCAAAUACCGCCACGUUUGCAAUAAAAGAGUUCUCAUUGCCGAUAAUGAAAAAGAAGUCCGCAGAUGAGCCAGACACGAAUUGUGAUCUGAUAACAGAAUGUUGGAAAGUUGAGAACAUGUAUGCCUUUGAGAACAUUGGGUUUUCCUACCUAGUAGACACUACAAAAUAUCUAACAUGUGCAGAUUGUGAAAUAGGACCAGUCGGCUGGCAUGACGUCACGGCCCCCAACGAAUUCUUUAUUGCUUUAUCUAGAGUUGUGCAUGAGCAGUAG